CGUGAUGGACGUGUAUCAGGAGGGAUUAGUGGUAAAGAUAGGCAGGCGUGUUCUCUCUCUGACGAGGCGGAUUUCAAUCUCUCUCUCCCAACUGUUUAAACUGCUAGUGUCUCAUCUCUCUCCAAACAACUGACUGCUCUCAUCUCCCAUGGCUCCGUAAUAUUUGUGUGUGUGUGUCUGUGUGGGGGGGUGUUUUUAUCUCCCUGUCUGUGUGUGUUUGAGAAAGUGAUUCAGUCUCUCUUUCUGUGCGAUGGCACUACUGCCUAAGGAGGCAGAACGAUUCGAUGGGCUAUCUCUGCUAUACUGGACCGUCAUGGGGCCUCACGGCAUCAACCGGGCCAUUGAGAGACUGGAGUUCUGCGACUGCAAGAAAGGACUGGGGGUGAAGAUCAUCGGUGGCUACAGAGAGCAGACACGUGAGGAGUUUGGGAUCUUCAUCAAGCGGGUGUUACCGGGAGGGCUGGCUGCUCAGGAUGGGAGGCUUAGAACGGGCGACCUCAUUUUGGAAGUCAAUAAUAUGAGUUUAGGAGGAGUAACCAACGAGAGGGCGGUGGAUAUCCUCCGGUCAGCGUCAGCCUCCAAUCACAUGUCUCUGAUGGUUGCCAGGGACGAUGAAAGCAGGCGGGAGUUCAUUGAGUUGAUGAAUAAGUAUGGCUCCCACAGCAGUUUUAAAGGAAGCUCAGGGAGGGUCUCCCCUACACAGCUCUCUACAGGAGGCAAGACAGACACAGCCUCCUCCUCUUCCUCCUCCAGAUCUACCAGUCCCACCAGCCAGCUCUUCAGUCCUAAAGAGGGGGUCACAGGACCUCCCUAUACCACUGGGCCCCCCUAUACGUCAAACCCCAACACAGCCCCUACACAGCCCGUCUUCAAUGACAGCAUCAUUCAGUUGAUAUGCAUCUCAAAAGGAACAGGCCUGGGCCUCAUCAUCAAGGGCGGAGCUAACCGAGCCGAGGGACCAAUGGUGUUGAUUCAGGAAAUAGUGCCCGGAGGAGACUGCCAGAGGGACGGUAGACUACAGCCAGGAGACCAGCUGGUAUCGAUUAAUAAGGAGUCGUUAAUCGGAGUGACUUAUGAGGAGGCUAGAAGUAUCCUGACACGCACCAAACUCAGACCAGACCCUACGGUGGAGAUAGCGUUUAUGAGACACAGGACUUCCACCAGUUCUGCUUCCUCCAGCAGUGGCCCCCAGGGUCCUUUCACCCCACAGGGCGCAGCCAGUGGAGCCUCCUCAGUGCCCCCCACCAGGAGAGGGACCCUGGCUGUACUGGGGGCCCUGCCUCCCCCUCGGUCACUGCUCCAGCACAGGAGAACCACGCUCCCUGCAGCCCUCCCUGGAGCUCCCCUGGUGGUGCCCAAGAUCACCUCCACCCUCAACCCCGCCAGCGAGACCCUGCCUUCUGUCAACCUCAGCCAGGUGCGAAUGAGGACAGAACAGACGUGUGUCUCCUCCCCUCCUCAGAGUCCCAGCACCGCAGACGCCAAGCCUGAAUCCUCCACUGUAUGGCAGCCAGUCAGCAGUCUCGUACCACAAAGGAAGUGCUCCCUCAGCUCCAUCUGUCGCCUCAAACUGGAGAGGCUGGAGCAGGCUCUGGAUGCAUUGGGACUGAAUCCUACAGAGGCACAGAGACAGACGUUGAGGGCCAGACUACAAACAGACCCUGCUGGGACAGUGGCCUACGCAGACUUUGAGACGCUGACGCGGGAGCUGUUCAAGCUACAGUUUGAGGAGUCAGAGGUGGGAGGUCAGAGGUUAAAGUUUGUGUCAGAAGACCUCUCCAGCCUCCUAGAGUCACCCACCAAUACACGGUCUUCACUGUCUGACUCUGAUGACCUAGAGGAGAUGGAGAGACUGAGGAAAGACCACAUCGAGGCUCUGAGAGAAAUCAAGAAACUACAGGAGCAGUUGGCAGAGUCCGAGAGACUUCAACUGCAGAUGCAGGGAGAGCUGAACAAUGUCAAACAGGAGGUCAAGUCUGGAGUUGAGGAGAGCCGUGCACUGCGGAGCAGGAUCCACCUGUCUGAGGCAGCCCAGAAGCAGGCCAGGGGGAUGGAGAUGGAUUAUGAGGAGGUGAUCCAUCUCCUGGAGGCUGAGAUAGCUGAGCUCCAGACCCAGAGGACAGAGCAGCCCGGCCAGUCCAGCCUGGUGCAGGAUGAGACAGAGGAACUGAAGAAGAGAGUGGCCGUUCUGGAGUGUCAACUAAGGAAGAACGAGGAGGCCAAAAAGGGUUUUGAGGUGUCCAUGGGUAAACUGCUCAACUUCGUGGAGAAUGUCCAAGACUUCCUCAUUGAAAAUCAAGGACCUGUGAAGAGCUUCAGCUCCGGUGACGUGAAGGCUGGAGCCUCCUCUCAGCCCUUGGGAGCCCGGGCGGGGAAGAAGUCCCAGUGGACAGCCGCCACACUAACCGCGGAGGCUAAAGAACUCACACGGACUGUUAGCGCCAUUCUGGAGGUGGAGUAUCUUCCAUAUGGAUGGGAAGAGGCCUACACUGCAGAAGGAGUCAAAUACUUCAUCAAUCAUGUGACGCAGACGACAUCGUGGACCCAUCCGGUGACCUGCAGCCUGGCUCUGGGGUUGGGGCUGUCCGAGAGAGAGGGGGAGGUAUCAGCCGAUGGACAGGAAGACAACACAGCCACCCCCAACCCCGACCACACCAAGACUUAGACCUGGGACAGUUCCAAAGGAUAUAACAUUGCAGAAUCUUCAGAUAAACGUGUAUUGAAUAGACUAGAUAUUGUAUGUCUUGGAGUUGGAUAAUAGAGAGGCCUCGCAGGCAGCUCUGUAUAUAACAUUUCUAUCUGAACGUUCUGUCGCGUUGCUCUUCCCCAAGAGAAGAAAAAACACCAGGCAUUGGUGAAACAACACCAGUCUUCCUCUACAAAUAGAGAUUCAGUAGAACCCUAGAGGUGGAUACAGAGACAACUACCUGAAACCCUUUAGGAGCCCCAACAAAAUACUGUCUUUAAAAUCAUAUAAGUAGCUACACAUAAUGUUUCAUUAAAUGGCAGUGUACGUUAGCUGUUCUGGUGAAUAUGCAGUUUAAACUUUAUAUAUAUUUUUUUACAUUAAAACCUAUCCGUAAUUGGGCUGAGCAGUGUAUAGACAGUUAAUUAAUUGUGUUAAAAUGAAUUGCACAAGGCUAGCUUCCCGGUUCGAUGGAGUUGAUUCAUGACUCUUAUUAUAUCGCUGUGGGUUUCUCAAGAGUUACUGGAGUUGCCUCUCCUCCUUCUCUAUUCUAUGUGUGUGCUGCUAUUUAUUUCUAUUACCUCUAUGAGGAACAGUGACCAAGCCCUCUCUCUCUCUUCAUCUCUCUAUCAACUUCCACAUAAGUCUUUACAAACAAUUUCACAACCCUCCGUAUUUUUCAACCUUAGAAGCCAGCUUCACAAUGUCUAAUUUUAUUUUCCGAAGCAAAACAGGUUGGAGGAAACUCCAGUUUUUCUGUUUGCUCCCUGAGCUGCACCUUGGAAUGCCAUUCCGAGAGGUCCACAUUCCGAAAUCGGAAUUGUCUUCUGAGUCAAAAUAUACCAGAAUCUACUGCUGAAAGCUCGGCCUAACAUGCUAUAUUUUUACUUUUCACUUCCUUCACCAGAACUGUUAUGGCGGAGAGGCAAAGGAUUGAGAAGAAGAGUUGGCUUGCAUCUUGUCCAUUGGUCAGAUAAGAGUUGGACAGAUUGUUGCCAGGUGUCUUUAGGUUGUAAUAAUGUAACACAUUAUGU